GGCUGGCUCUGGCACUGGCUGUUUUGCUGACUGCCUCGCUGUGGACAGAACGAAAGACAGGCGGCAACUAAAGCGGCGGUCGCAAGCGAAAUUUGUUUAAUAUUAAAUACAAAUACAAAUACAAGAUUAACAACAACAACAGCAGCAGUAACGACGACGCUCGACGUACUAGAAACAACUAUAAUAAUAAGAAUAACAUACGUAAAAUAAAAUAAAAAUAACGGCAAAUCAAAAAAGAAACGAAGACGACGAAUAGCGGCGGUAGCGGAGUACACAGGCUAUACGAAACGUUUUUGAAAAACGCCAAAAGUAGCCGUAGGCUAAUCGAUAGACAUACUGAAGAGGCAAAUAGAACGUCCCAUACAAUCUCUAACACAAACACACACAUAUAUAUAUAUAUAUAUAUAUAUAUAUACAUAAACAUACACAUAUACACAGUACAUUAGCGUAUACAAUUCAACAUUAAUCGAUAAACGAUCAACAAGAAGAACAACAACAGAAAAAUGUCGAACGGCAAGGCGACAGCUUCGUUCUUUGAGAACGGAAGCACCACACAGUUUGAAUACUGCUAUGAACUGUAUCCGCAGGUGCUAAAGAUUAAGGCCGAAAAGCGUAGCAAGAAGCCACAAGAGCUAAUCCGUUUAGAUCAAUGGUAUCAAAAUGAACUGCCCGGUUUGAUAAAAGCGCGAGGGAAAGACGCCCAUUUGGUAUACGACGAACUUGUUCAGGCCAUGAAAUGGAAACAAUCAAGGGGCAAAUUUUAUCCACAAUUAUCAUAUUUGGUCAAGGUGAAUACACCACGUGCAGUCAUUCAGGAGACAAAGAAGGCCUUUCGCAAGCUACCGAAUUUGGAGCAGGCGAUCACAGCUUUAUCGAACCUCAAAGGUGUCGGCACCACAAUGGCAUCCGCCUUGCUAACAGCCGCCGCCCCCGAUUCAGCCCCGUUUAUGGCCGAUGAAUGCUUGAUGGCCAUACCAGAGAUCGAGGGCAUAGAUUAUACGACCAAGGAGUACCUCAAUUUUGUGCAGCACAUUCAGGCAACAGUGGAGCGACUUAAUGCGGAGGUCGGUGGCGAUACGCCGCAUUGGUCACCGCAUCGCGUUGAACUGGCGCUCUGGGCGCACUAUGUGGCCAAUGACCUCAGUCCCGAGCUGCUCGAUGAUAUGCCAUCACCAGCGGCAGCAGCUAAUACAAAUGGUAGCCUGAGCAAGGCGAGCAAGGUACUCGAUGGCGAGGACACCAACGAUGGCGUCGCUGUCGAUGUGGAUGAGGAUGAGAGCCUCGGUGCAGGUGGUCGGAAUACGGCAACAGAAUCGGAGACAGAGAAUGAGAAUACCAAUCCGAUAUCGUUGACGCCGCUUGGCAAUUCGAGUGGUGGCGUUGGCGGCGGCAAGAGCAACAAUAACAGCAACAGCAACAAUAACAACAAUAGCAACAACAACAACACUGCCGCCUUGCAGGAUGGCGACUCGAACUUUGUAUCGAAUGAUUCCACCUCACAGGAGCCGAACAUUGAUGACAACACCACACAGACAACGGCCACCACAUCGACAGAAGAUGGUGAGCCGAUGGGCGUGGCAACGCCACUUGCCUCUGACUCGGAAAGCAAUCUCGAGGCGCCGCUCAAGAGUCGAUUGGCAGCGGUUGGAGUUUGUGUUGGCACAGGAGCAGGAGCUGUAACUGGAUCAGGAGCUGGAGCAGCUGUUGCCCAAUCGCACAACAACAGCAAGCAGAUUAAUAACAAUGGACAAAGCGCUGCACAACCAGCAGCAGCGGCAGUUGCAGUAGCAGAACAAUUGGGAGGAGCAGUAGCAGCUGCAGCAGUAGCAGCUACUGCAACAGCAGCCAAUGGUAAUGGCAAUGGCGUUCUCUCGCUUGGUGGUAGUGCGUCGGUUGCGACGAAUCAAGUUGAUGACGAUGAUGAGGAGGAAGAGGAUGAGGAUGAGGAAGAGGACGAGGAGGAUGAUGAUGAUGAGGUGGACGAUGAGCUAGAGGCUGAUGAGAGUAACAGCAACGGCAGCAGCAAUUUGCGGGCCAGCAAGUUGCAGCAUUUAGCUGCAGCUGCAGCUGCGGCGACAGAAGCGACAACGCUAACAGCGCCAUCUAUUGGACAGAAGCGUACGGCGCUGCAUUGCGAAUUGGAGGCAAAUGCUGCUGCAACUGCAACUACGGCGGUGGCUGCUGGUGAGAAAUCGCCCGAGUUAAAAAAGCUGCGUAGCGACUGAGCUGAAUGCAGCGCAGCGCCGCAGCCGUCGCUAAGAAGCACCGUUAGGCCGCGUAUAUCUGGUGGAAAGACAUAUGUAUGUAGUGCAGUUGAGUCGACAUUUGAGAGCAACAUUACCUACACUUUGCCACAACAACAUUCAAGAAAUUUUACUAUUAAGCAAAACUAAUUAUACAUAUAAUAUAUAAUAUAUAUAUACAACAAAGAAAAAGAACACACACAUACAUACACACACAUAUAACAAAAACCAGCACACACACACACAUACACACACAACGAGAACAUAAAAGGAGAUCGAGAAGCAGCACAGCAGCAGCACUUAACACAACAUAGGCUUAACAGGCAAAAAUAUAAAAUGAGAAGAACAAGGAGAAGAUCCCAUAACAGAGAGAACAUAACACACCACACCACACUCACUCACAUUAAAUAGGAACAUAGUGCGGGCGCGUAUUAAAUGAAGUUUAAGUUCAACUCGAGGAUAAAAGCAAGUAAUGUUGGAUUAUGAUAUGAUAUGAUGAUGAUGAUGAUGUUGAUGAUGAUGAUGAUGGUAAUUGAUAUAAAGAGUAAUAGCCAUACGGAGUCCCCAAUUGCAGCAGCGAUUAACAUUAUAUAUGUGAAGUGAAAACGAUAAGCAAAUACAUAGUAACUAUUAAAUCAGAUACAAAUUGAUAUUUUUACACAGUCAAAUGAAACCAACAUUUAAAUAUUAAACGAAAAAACAAAAGAUAAAAAUUUACAAAUGCCGCAGUUGCCCACUACAUACAAGAAACGGAAGAAAAAAACAAUAAUUAUAAUAAAAAGUAAUUUAUAUAAGUAUUUAAAAUUAACAAUAAAUCAAAAAAAACUUGUCGCAUAAAACUCAACACAUCGUCCCCGAUUGAUCGCAGCCUUCCUUGACCCCCACAACACAUACACGCGCCCCAUCUCUCUUUCUCUCGCACCCAACCACCCAUCCAUACACGCUCGCUAAAACUCACCAUCCUUAUGCACAAGCAUACAUCUCCACAUACACAUACACACACCCACACAAACAUAUACAUCCGCAUCCCACUCCAAACAGACGACGCCGCUGUCGACGUCGACUAAGCAAAAACAAAAACAAGAAAAAAAUACAAAAAC